CUUCUCAUUUAGCCAUCACUACUUCUCUUUCUGGCUCUUAAUUCCAAAGAGUCUUGUUGUACAUCCCCCAAAUUUGAGGAACUGGUGGUUGGUGCAUUAUCCCUGCUAGUAAUGAGGCUUUUUGCUGGCGGCCCCGGCCGGGGUCGUCAUUAUUUGCCACAUAUCUUAGUGGCCAUUUUGGCUCUUGUUGAUAUUGUUUCUGCUGACCCUUACAUAUAUGCCUCUCCACCACCACCGUAUGUGUACAAAUCCCCACCACCUCCUUCUCCUUCUCCACCACCACCAUACGUGUACAAGUCCCCGCCACCUCCUUCUCCCUCUCCUCCACCACCGUACGUGUACAAGUCCCCGCCACCUCCUUCUCCCUCUCCUCCACCACCGUACGUGUACAAGUCCCCACCACCACCAUCACCUUCUCCACCACCACCAUACGUCUACAAGUCCCCACCACCUCCUUCUCCCUCUCCUCCACCACCUUACUACUAUAAAUCACCUCCUCCACCCUCACCAUCACCUCCACCACCAUACUACUAUUCUUCCCCACCACCACCCAAGAAAUCACCUCCUCCACCAUACUACUAUUCUUCCCCACCACCACCCAAGAAAUCACCUCCUCCACCAUACUACUACUCCUCUCCUCCACCACCCAAGAAGUCACCUCCACCCCCAUACUACUACAGCUCUCCACCACCACCAGUUAAGUCACCACCACCCCCAUACUACUACUCUUCCCCUCCACCACCAGUUAAGUCACCUCCUUCACCAUACUACUACACUUCCCCUCCACCACCUACUCCUUACUAUCCUCCUCAUCAUUCCUUGAUCGUUAAGGUUGUCGGAAAAGUCUAUUGCUACAGAUGCUAUGACUGGAAAUACCCAAAGAAAUCCCAUGACAAGAAGCACCUCAAAGGUGCUGUUGUUGAGGUGACAUGCAAGGUUGGUGACAAGAAAAUCAAGAGCUAUGGUACCACUAAGAUUAAUGGAAAAUAUAGCAUAACUGUUGAAGGAUUUGAUUAUGCCAAAUAUGGAGCAGAUGCAUGCAAGGCUAAACUCCACAAAGCACCAAAGGAUUCAAAAUGUAACAUCGCCACAGAUCUUCAUUGGGGCAUCAAGGGUGCUAAACUCAAAGUGAAGUCAAAGAAUCACUAUGAAGUUGUGCUCUCUGCUAAACCAUUUGCUUAUGCUCCAAAAACUCCAUAUCAAGAAUGCAUGAAGCCUAAGCCAACCCCAACUCCUUACUACUACAAAUCUCCUCCACCUCCAUCACCAAAAUACGUGUACAAGUCCCCACCUCCCCCAUCACCAAAAUACUCUCCACCACCACCAGACCCAUCUCCCCCACCACCAUACUACUACAAGUCUCCUCCACCACCAUCACCAUCACCCCCACCUCCAUACUACUACAAAUCACCACCACCACCAUCCCCAUCACCUCCACCUCCCUAUUACUACAAGUCUCCUCCACCACCAUCGCCAUCUCCUCCUCCACCAUACUACUACAAGUCCCCACCACCACCAUCACCGUCUCCUCCUCCACCAUACUACUACAAAUCACCACCACCCCCAUCACCAUCACCACCCCCUCCCUACUACUAUCACUCUCCACCUCCACCCGUGAAGUCUCCUCCUCCUCCAUACUACUACAGCUCACCUCCCCCACCCGUAAAAUCACCUCCUCCUCCAGUAUACAUCUAUGGUUCUCCGCCACCACCAGUCCACUACUAA